CAGUAAGCUUAAGAGUUACUUGCCUGGCUGUUGCUCUGCCGCCUGCUGACAGUCAGUAGCCGUUGUAUCGCAUGCCACCGUUCGAAUGUAAACGGAGUGUCUUUAAGUUAGCUUUACAACCAAACUGACAACUUCAGGAGUGACAACAAACUACUUUUCAACUAUUUCACGUCUCAAUGGAUUCUAUUCAGAAAUGGGUGUCUGGAUUCUCUCUGGAUCUGGGACCACUGAAAGAACCUCUUGGAUUUAUUCGUGUCCUAGAAUGGGUCUUCACCAUCUUUGCCUUUGCCACCACUGGAGGUUACUCCGGGACAACCAACUUCAAAGUCAAAUGUCAAGGAGCCCAGGAGAUGAAGGAUGUAAAGCCUAUUUUUGGAUACCCAUUCAGGUUGUCAGCUCACCCAUAUACGAUACCGUUGUGUAACAGCAGUUCAUUCAAUGAGACCUACCUGCAGGGCGACUUCUCCUCCUCAGCAGAGUUCUUUGUGUGUGUCGGCGUAUUUGGGUUUCUUUAUUGCACCGCCACACUGAUCCUCUACCUGGGCUACCAGAAUGUCUACCGCCAGACCAGCCGCGGUCCCAUUGUAGACCUUUUGGUGACCGCUGCUUUUGCCUUCCUGUGGCUUGUGUCCUCCUCGGCCUGGGGCAAAGGCCUGACUGACGUCAAAUGGGCCACUAACCCUGAGCACCUGGUGGAGUCAUGCAAGGAAGUCUGUCAACCAGGAGAGUUUCCCUCCAUGGGCCGCCUCAAUGCCUCUGUGAUUUUUGGCUUUUUGAACUUGAUCCUGUGGGCAGGUAACUGCUGGUUCAUUUACAAGGAGACCCCUUUCCAUAAGGAUCCCAACCCACCAGCCACCAUGGAGGAAGGAGCGGCCCCUGGGCCCUAGCCACAUCACUGAGGGUCCUCCAGCAUAGCCCUGUACCCAGAGUAAAAUGCUUUGUGCCCAACACUGGUCUUCAAGAAAUAGGAAAGAAAAGCAGUUGUCCUAAAUACCCCCCCCCCCCCGAAACAUGUCAGAACUAUUUUUCAUUUACGGGUCUUUAACUGAAAUUAACCCAGUCCCCAAUGUAUGAAAAACCCUUAAUCUUUUUCUUUCUUUUUUUUUUUUUUUUUAAAUCUGUCAUCAACUCCCAGUUCCCAUGUGCCUUGAAAACACUUAAGUGCAAAUACAAACGAAAAUACUUUAACAAGAAAACGAAAACUGUAUGUAUGUGGUGUUCAGAACAGCAGACCUGCAGUGCAUUUGCUUCCACAUUCGCACAUUUUCCUGCCUUGAUGUCUGCCCUUCAGGAAGCCUUCUAGUGAUGAAAUUGUGAUGUAAGAAAUCCAGAAUCUCUGCUGGUCCUUAGCCAGAGAGAAAAGUAAAGGACUAACAGAAAUUGAAAUUAAAACCCUCACAUCCACUAAAAUCAAUUGUUGCCCUAAAAAACAACAUCCAGAAGCAAACGUUUAAAGGGGAGCUAAUGGACACCUGGGCUUCUCUCUUGAGCAGGAGUCCAGUGGGCCAUGCUCGUCCUCCAUUAAGUAAUCUGUAAGCGGAAGUGCUACAGUACAGUGUCCAAGUACUGUAGUUCUAAACAUGUCAGUCACUUCAGUUUCAGUAGAUGAGUAAUAUCCUGAAGGUCAAAAUAUGCUGAAUGCUCAUUUUCCUCCAGUUAAAGAAACAGCUGAUAGCGCAGGCCUGGUAUGUAAUCAGACUAAGGCAUGUGUUGACAGAAGGCUUUCUGAGGCAUUAAACCAAUGUAACGAUCAAAUUAACAGCCAUACCAUUCUCCCACCAAUGUUCUAGUCCACUGAGAAACACUGUAAUAUAUUACAUAGCCACAUGGCUGUUGCAGUUUCAACCCACUUUGGUUUUCUUGCACUUAACUAUUUAUGGCAAACAGAAUACACAGUGUAAGAAAAAAUAGAAAUCACACUACAAUCUACUGUACCUCAAGUGGGGAAGCAGUGACUUUAAUUUUGUGUCAUUUUCAGUGAUGUUUCAGGUUCUGACAGCGUUUGCCACACUUGUUUAUAGUUCAGCCUGUAUCCAGACCAAGGAAGGCUCUCUACAUGUUUACUCUAGUGGCUGUUUUACAUGACCUCGCAGUAGAAGUGCCUGAUGUCUAGUCAAAGCUUGUUUAGUUCCUGUUUGAUCAAAAUGUUACAUUUAGACUACUCAAUAACACUAAGACUCAUCCUUGUUAGAACUCUUUUGCAAAAUUUAUUUAUAUACAGUUCAUAUGUAUUUUUAUCUACUUUAAUUGGUCUUUUGCAUAUUUUUAAAACCAAU